AUGCUGUCAAUGGGCGUUCGGGUCCACAUUGCACUACCUGCUGACGGGCUGGUCGAAUUGCGCAACGCCCUCGCUGAUCUAAUUCAAAAUCAUUGCCGUGCGGAAGAUUUGGGUUAGUCCUCCGUCGCCAAUUUCCUCUUCAUUUUUUUCAAAACAUUUUCGACCACUACAUGCCUCAUUUUCCGAAUCGAACGUGCCUUCAGAGCCAUUGUUCACGGGGAUGUUAAUUAGUAUUUAGAAAGUGUGUUACUGUAAUCCUCGGUCAAGGUCCUAACAGUCUUGGAGGCUGACGUUGCCACUCGAACAAAGACUGGACACCCAGCUUUCCAAUAAAUUGCGUAGAUCACACAUAUAUGCAGCACAGUUUGUCACCCACCAAAGUGACUACAGUUCCCUUGACGUAUGCCACACCUGUAACACACAGUGGGCCUUUGAUAGGUCGAUACGUAACGUAUGAUUAGGCGUAUGUCUACUAAGUACCACCGUGUGUUUUACUUUUCGAAUUAGUGAGAUGUGACCGCGUGUUUCUACUGUCUCACUGACUAACAUUUUCCCGGUAAGGUCCAGUCUUCGCUCCAGCCUAUUUGGCCAUGUCUAGUUUAUAUCGUUUACCAUAUCAGCUAAUCUGUUUACGAUUUCCGGCAUGAUUAUCUGCGUUAAAAGUCAUUGAUGGUGUUUCAGAAGGCCCGUACGAUGUUCUGUUAGUUUUUUCCAUUUUAUUGGGACAAACAUAAUUAUUGCCUUGUAUUUAUAGUACAGCUUCCAUUUGGGCAAAUUCGUCCUAAAGCUGACCGCGCCUUACGUUUCAUUUUUUCUCUAGCUGCUACCCAGGACCUUCCCGAGGCAAAGGUGCUCUUCGCAGGCAACAAAACCUUCUAUUUUGAUGUUGGAUCAAACAGGUACGGUGUGUUCUUACGGAUCUCCGAACUGAGAGCCAACUACCGAACGGCUGUUACGAUACCGGAGCACCACUGGACACGUUUUCGUGACAUUCUCUCAGACUUAGCGAGCAAGAUCGAUAUCGCCAAGUCCUCAUCGAAGACGGCUGGAGACAGUAGCGGCGGCAGUAGAGGGGAGCCGGAAGAUAAUGAGGAAAAUGGGGAAGGACGUGAAAAGGAGGCAGAGAGAAAGCCUGCAAUGUCUGCUGCGGCGGCGGCCGCUGCUACUCCAGUCGACUCUGCGAAGCCGAAAGUAGUCACGGUUUCUUAA